AUGGACUUCCAAAACGUGAAUUUACUAAACGUUCGAUUGAACUUGGUCUCGGGCAAUCUGCUACCGAUGAUCAUCGACUCGCCUUUUUCAUUCUUUUGGAAGACAUACAGCGCCUUUGUGUGGACAUCACAAUUCAUUUUAGGGAUCGUGAUGGUACUCGGAUGCGUCUACGUGCCAAUUGAGAAGGCUUUGAAAGACGGCUUAAUUUGCUUCGUAGUCUUCAUAGAAAUGUUCUUUAUGGUUCUGCGUAUUCACGCUCGUAACGAUCUGAUGUAUCAAUUGAUCCAAAAGCUGAACGCGAUACUGCGCACUACCGACGAAACUAUGAAGAGCGUCGUGACCGCGACUUUGGAGUCGGUAAAGAUUCCGCUCAACUUCUACUGGUCCGCUGGUAUGGUAUCGAUAAUAGCGUGGUACGGUGUGCCAUUCCUAUACGACAAGAAUCUGUUUUAUUACGAGGAUUACAGAAUACCCGCCGCUUUCACCAAACAGCCAUUCUCGCGCAGAGUCUUUGUACUAACCAGCAUCUUCAUACUGAUCAUUGCGCUCAUGACUUCAUUGCUAAAAGAACUGAUGUCUUUAAACUUUAGUUUAAUAUAUGUGAACACCGUCUUUCGAUUCUGCUUUAUGGGUAUUUUCUUAAGCACCCAUCAACAACAUUAUGGGAAAGGAUUUGGAUUGUUAUGUUCACAUCAGAGUACGGGCGUAACAGAUAAAGCGUUUCACGAAAACUGGCAUCUACUUCAGCCAUCGAUAAAACAUAUAUUUAUCUUGAUAAUUAUGGCUAAUAAUUUAGAAUGCAAAAUUGCGACGUUUAAAAAUUUCAAUUUCUCCUUGCCCUCAUUUAUGACGAUUUUAAAUCAAUCGUACUCGAUCGCCCUUCUGUUUUUAAGAAUGAAAUAAAAAGUGGCAAAAAAGACGUCUUACCUAGUAGUUAUAAUUAGUAUUUAGAAGAAUAGAAUAUUUAUUCACUUUAGCAAUUUUACAGCCAAAAAGGGGGCUUGGUUUACAUUUAAUACCUUAUCACUCAUUUAUCCAUACCCUAAUCUAUCUCUCUAUCUUAUCCUAUACGCUUAAAACUAAUUAACUAUCACAGCUGACUUCUUAAAUCACUGCUCGGCGUUUCGAGCUCACAACCUUCUUAUUUUUAUUUCUUAUUUCUUAUCUACUGCUACCAUCCUUUUACAUUUUUCUUUUCCUAUCUUUUACUUAUUCUUUACAUUCAUUAUAUCCGUAAUUAGUACUUAUAAUUAUUAUUUUUAAAGUAAUAACGAAAAUCAGUAGUCUUGUGUGAUAAUUUACAUUGCUUACAUUCCAAAGAUUAUCACAAUAUGAGAAGAUAAAUAUUAGUAGUAAAUGAACUAUAAUAAUUAGUUGUAUGUACGACAC